UAAUGUCAAGCACAGGGCGGGGAGGUGUCGAGGCUAAAACGGGGUUGAUGCUUGCCCAUGGCCCAGUCACAGUCCAGGGCUCGGUUCCGAGUGCCGCCCGUGCCGGUUUGCCGAUGGAACUUUGGCAACAACGAGGACGAUCCUGUGGGAAACUCUGUUUUGCGAUCCAGAACCUCUGCGCCCUUCUUUUUAGGUAUCCAUGCUGAUGCUGGCGGCCACUCCACCACCCAACGGCCCGUCUUCCGAGCGGAUGUUGGAGGUUCAGAUAUGAUAGGUAACCAUGCCGUCAUCUACACUCAUCUACUGAGACAAAUGAUUUGUCUCUUCAUUGCUGGCAAUUCUGCAGUUCGUGCGCGAGCCUGAAGAGGUGAGUCAAUGAGUGCCAAGACCUGACC